AUGUCCAACUGGAAGAAGUUGUUCAAGGGGAAAGGCGACGACCGUUCCGAGCCCUCGUAUUCAAGGCCAAGUCUGGACUUGAGUAUUAAUACCACUAAUAGUGCAAAUACAGAAACACAUAUAGGUGACAACCUCAAAACACCGGUGGAUUCAUCAGAACAUGCGACAUUUUCGAACUCCCGCAAGACACUCAUCAACAGCGAUGUCGACAAACUUGCCAAUGAUGUUGCAAACGUACGUAUAGAUGAAGAAACUCCAACUCUAAUAACCUCAAAUUUGGAAAAUACUGAUCCAGUGUUAGAGAAGGAAUUACCAAGAGACUUUCACAGCACAAGUAGGAUGAAGCCAGGACUAUUGACGGUUAAGGUUUAUUCGUCGAAAGACUUGGAAAUACCCGUACCUUUGAGGAUCAACAAGCAAAUUUUGACUAAAUUGGCCAGUCUAGGCCAACAUAUCAAUGAAGAUGAGCUGAUUUCUAAAAUCAAUAAGUUAAACGAUUCAUUAGACGAUGCAAUAAACACUAACUUAUCUUAUUAUUUACCUUCGACUUUGAGAAUAAACAGCUCAACAGAACCAAAUAAAAAUGUUGUUGCUCAAUAUAACCUAGUCUACGCAAUUAUUGAGGUAGAGAACUCGAGUGAGAAGAUCGGCUCUGUCGGUAACACAAUUGCAAAUACAAAGUUCAACAGUGUGACUGUAUUUGAUGUUACAUCACCGAUGAAUGCUAAUUUGAAUAUCCAAAUUUAUAUUAGAAUCCCAGGUUCGUUGCUUGAGUCAAACAAACAGGAAGAUCAUUUGAUUGGAUCUAUAAUUGUAAAAUUAUCAGACUUAAACCUGAAUAAUAGUGCCAGCCAAUCACAUCCAGUUAGACUUUUGAACCAUCAAUGGCUAAAUUUGAAGAAUCCUUAUACCGAUGAAGACUUGAUUGGUUCGUUGAACCUAACAUUGGACUUCAAACCGUUAACCAAAGAAAAUAAAGCUUUAUCAAUAGAUGAUUUUGAUUUAUUGAAAGUCAUUGGUAAAGGCUCGUUUGGUAAGGUGAUGCAAGUGAGAAAGAAGGAUACUGGGAAAAUUUAUGCCUUAAAAUCAAUCAGGAAAGCCCAUAUUGUUAACAAAAUGGAAGUGACUCACACGUUGGCUGAAAAGUUUGUUCUAAGUAGAGUCAAUAGUCCAUUUAUUGUACCUUUAAAGUUUGCCUUUCAGUCAAGCGAAAAACUAUAUCUUGUUUUGUCAUUCAUAAAUGGGGGAGAAUUAUUUUAUCAUUUACAAAAGGCAAGGCGUUUCCCAUUGAUAAGAGCUAAGUUUUACAUUUGUGAAUUAUUAUCAGCUAUUGAAACCUUGCAUUCUUUGAAUAUUGUCUACAGAGAUUUGAAGCCUGAGAACAUUUUACUUGAUUAUCAGGGGCAUAUUGCAUUAUGUGAUUUUGGUUUAUGUAAGAUUAACAUGAAACUAGACCAAAAGACCAACACUUUCUGUGGCACGCCUGAGUAUUUAGCUCCAGAGUUGUUAUUGAAUAAAGGGUAUACUAGAGUAGUUGAUUUCUGGACUUUAGGUGUUCUAUUAUACGAAAUGCUGACAUCUCUUCCUCCUUUCUAUGACGAAGACGUACCAACAAUGUAUAAGAAAAUUUUAGAAGAUCCACUGAUUUUCCCCAAUGACAUGGAUCCGGUUACAAAGGAUGUUAUUGCGAGAUUAUUGAAUAGAGAUCCAACAAAGAGACUAGGUUAUCACGGUGUAAAGGAAAUAAAGGACCACGAGUUCUUUAAAGACAUUGAUUGGGACAAGUUGAAUAGUAAAGGCUAUAUCCCACCAUAUAAGCCACAAGUUAAGAAUUCUAUGGAUAUUUCCAAUAUUAGUUCUGAAUUUACCGAUGAGAGACCGAUGGAUUCAGUUGUGGAUGAUUACCUAAGUGAAUCCGUGCAGAGACAGUUUGGAGGAUGGACAUAUGUUGGAAGCUACGAUGGACCAACCAAUGCCUAA